AUGUCUAGUUGCCGGAUUGUCGCCUAUGUGUCGAUGCCAGCAGGUUGUAAGAACGGGUCAACACCGGCGACUUCGGGCCCGCAGAUGCGUGCCAGCAGAACCUGUGCCAGCGGAACCAGUGCCAGCGGAACCAGUGCCAGCGGAACCAGUGCCAGCGGAAUCAGUGCCAGCGGAAUCAGUACCAGCGGAACCAGCGCCAGCGGAACCAGCGCCAGCGGAACCAGUGCCAGCGGAACCAGUGCCAGCGGAACCAGCGCCAGCGGAACCAGUGCCAGCGGAAUCAGUGCCAGCGGAACCAGUGUCGGCGGGGUCGAAGCCAGCCAGUUGAUUGCGGCCAAUCGGAGCUUGCCAGCGGGAUUUGUUCCAGCGGAACCUGUGCCAGCAGGAUCGAUUUGA